UUGUGUGCAAAUGAUUCGAAGUUCGACGUCCAAUAGACUUUCUGACGAGACCCACUUUUUGCGCCAGUGGCCAUCGCAGGCGUCACGUCGACUCUUGCUGGAGUGCCGUUGACGAUACAUACUCCAUCGAUCAAUUCGGAAAAUGCUGAAGUGCUGUCCAAGACCUGUGGUAAGGACUCUAGGUACUCGAGCUGUAUUCGCUCAGCGGAAGAUGGCCACGAUCCGAUCCUCCGUACCGCACGAGGAUAGGACAGCAGCCGAGCCCCGUGAGGGUCAGUUGGAAGCCGUGGUAUUGGCCAAUAUCAAAGAGGUCAACGACAAUGUCAGACUGCUACGGCUAUUUCCCGUGAUCAAUCGCACAAUCAAGUUCCUGCCAGGGCAGUGGCUAGACACGUUCAUCCCUGGGAUUCCUAGAGCCGGAGGCUUCACACUCACAUCAACACCAGAUCAAGCACGCGCUUCGGUCUCAACGCCGCCAUAUCUGGAACUAGCAAUACAGAAGAGCAGGAAUCCACCUGCUCAAUGGCUGUGGAAGCCAAGCGAGGAGAUCAUUGGCACCCAGCUCGUUGUACGAGUCGGCGGUAGUUUUACAUGGCCACCGCCUCAUCUGGACGUUGCGAAAGUCGAUAGACUUGUACUGGUCGCCGGGGGUGUCGGCAUCAAGAUCUUGUUCCUCCCACGCCUCAUGGAUCUUGUCGCAGCAGCAGCAGACUCCAACGUCACGUUGAGACUGUUUCUCACUGGGACCGGGGACCAAGGCUACAUUGAGCACGGAAAGCUCCCGAACAGCACAUUCGGCGGACGUAUUCAGGAGAUUGAUCUCCUCAAGGCGAUAGACGGCUAUAAGAAGAACGUGUUUGGACCCGAGCAUGACCGGAAGGGAACGGUGGCAUUAGUCUGCGGGCCGCCAAAGAUGACGGAUGAGAUGGUGGCCUAUCUGCAAAAGCAGCCUGGGAUGUCUUUGGAUCGUGUGUUGUGCGAGAAGUGGUGGUGA